GCCCGGAGUCCGCUCGGCGCGAGCGCGGGGACACGGGAGCCGUGCGGUACCCGAACAGUUCUACCGAGCAGCCGCCAGGUUCAGCCCCGCUCCCGGCCCCGCCGCGCCGCCCAGGGACCUGCUAUGGCCACGUCUAUACUUGGGGAAGAGCCGCGCUUCGGAACGACCCCGUUGGCCAUGCUGGCGGCGACCUGCAACAAGAUCGGCAACACGAGCCCGCUGACGACGCUGCCGGAGUCGAGCGCUUUCGCCAAGGGCGGCUUCCAUCCCUGGAAGCGCUCCUCGUCCAGCUGCAACCUCGGCUCCAGCCUCUCGGGCUUCGCCGUGGCCACUGGCGGCCGCGGCUCAGGCGGCCUGGCGGGCGGCUCUGGAGCAGCCAACAGCGCCUUCUGCUUGGCCUCCACGUCCCCCACGUCGUCCGCUUUCAGCAGCGACUACGGCGGCCUCUUCUCCAACUCGGCAGCGGCCGCGGCCGCGGCGGCCGGGGUGUCCCCGCAAGAGGCGGGCGGCCAGUCGGCCUUCAUCUCCAAGGUGCACACGACGGCGGCCGACGGCCUGUACCCGCGCGUGGGCAUGGCGCACCCGUACGAGUCGUGGUACAAGUCAGGUUUCCACUCAACGCUGGCGGCGGGCGAGGUGACCAACGGCGCGGCGUCGUCGUGGUGGGACGUGCACAGCAGCCCAGGCUCGUGGCUGGAGGUGCAGAACCCCGCUGGGGGGCUCCAGAGCUCGCUGCACUCGGGCGCCCCCCAGGCCUCGCUGCACUCGCAGCUCGGCACCUACAACCCCGACUUCAGCUCGCUCACGCACUCGGCCUUCAGCUCCACGGGCCUCGGCUCCUCGGCCGCCGCCGCCUCGCACUUGCUCUCCACCAGCCAGCACCUGCUGGCCCAGGACGGCUUCAAGCCGGUGCUGCCCUCCUACUCGGACUCCAGCGCCGCCGUGGCGGCCGCCGCAGCCAGCGCCAUGAUCUCGGGCGCCGCGGCCGCCGCCGCCGGGGGGAGCUCGGCGCGCUCGGCCCGCCGCUACUCCGGCCGCGCCACCUGCGACUGCCCCAAUUGCCAGGAGGCGGAGCGGCUGGGCCCGGCCGGGGCGAGUCUGCGGCGCAAGGGCCUGCACAGCUGCCACAUCCCGGGCUGCGGCAAGGUGUACGGCAAGACGUCGCACCUGAAGGCACACCUGCGCUGGCACACGGGCGAGCGGCCCUUCGUGUGCAACUGGCUCUUCUGCGGCAAGCGCUUCACGCGCUCGGACGAGCUGCAGCGGCACCUGCGGACUCACACGGGCGAGAAGCGCUUCGCCUGUCCGGUGUGCAAUAAGCGCUUCAUGCGCAGCGACCACCUGAGCAAACACAUUAAGACGCACAACGGGGGCGGCGGGGGCAAAAAGGGCAGCGACAGUGACACGGACGCCAGCAACCUGGAGACGCCCCGCUCCGAGUCCCCCGACCUUAUCCUGCACGACUCCGGCGUCAGUGCCGCCCGGGCGGCGGCGGCGGCUGCUGCAGCGGCGGCGGCGGCGGCCUCGGCAGGAGGCAAGGAAGCCGCGUCUGGCCCCAACGACUCUUAGAGGCUGGGCGAGAGGCGCGAGCGAGCGAGUAGAGACAGCGAGAGCGAGCGAGAGGUUCGGAGGGCGAGCGAGCGGGGUAUGGACGGGCGGGAGCUCCACGGCCGCCCCCGGGCCGGCGCGAGGUAGAGCGGCAUCCGGCUCGCGGGCCGCCGCUUGCCGACCACGCCAGGAGCUCCCCUCUGCUGCCCGAGCCCAGACGAGAAUCAAACGCGUGGUCCAGGAACAAAAGCGAAGCAUCUUUCGACACAAACAACACUUCAAAAAGCUGCACGCACAGACACACACACACCGGAGACCUACAACCACAGGCACGCACACUCGAGCGCGCGCACACACACUUAACCACUCGCACAAACUUCUCGAGCGAAGAGCAAUACACAGAAACGCUCCCUCCUCCCCCACCGCCCACCCCCUUCCACCACCCUUCUCUUUCCUUUUUUCCAAAAACAAGCCACCAUCCUGCAAAGGACUGUCAGAACAUUUGAGAACAAACGGGACCUAUAAAAACAGACCCUUUGCGUGGAUUAUAUUAUAUAUAAAAUGCUCCAAGUCCUGCUUGAUAUCUACUUACAAUAAGACUUUUUUUUCCUGUAAAAGGAAGCAUCAAAAAAGGCCGAAGGUGAGAAAUUAAACUGGAAGUCUAGUGACAGUUUCUCUGUAUUUCAUAACAUCUGUAUAAAUAGGGUUCAAAAGAUUGUGUUCUCUUUUAUUUUCUUGUAAAUGUUCAUUCGAAUAGAGUUUUUUUGGUGAAUUCCUGAAAUUCAGGGAGUUUUUUGUUUUUAAUUUUCUGAUGCACUUUGUGAAAGUCAGUAUAUAUGUAAAAGAUAUUUAAAAUGUUGAGUUAUCAUUUCACUCACAAACACGUAAGUUAAGGUCAUCUAA